CGGGGACUGCGAGCGGGGCCCGGCGACCGUGCGGGAGCCAUGGCGGCCUCGGAGGCGGCGGCGGCGGGGUCCGCGGCUCUGGCGGAGGGUGCCCGGGCCGUCCCGGCGGCCACGAGAGGAGCCGCCGCCGCCGCCUCGGGUCCGUGGGUGCCCCCGGGACCCCGACUAAGGGGCAGCCGGCCGCGGCCCGCGGGGGCGACGCAGCAGACCGCGGUCCCCGCGCCGCGGGCGGGGGAGCUGAUCCAGCCGUCGGUGAGCGAGCUGUCCCGGGCCGUGCGGACCAACAUCCUGUGCACCGUGCGCGGCUGCGGCAAGAUCCUGCCCAACAGCCCCGCGCUCAACAUGCACCUGGUCAAGAGCCACCGCCUGCAGGAUGGCAUAGUCAAUCCAACAAUAAGAAAAGAUUUGAAAACUGGACCGAAAUUCUACUGCUGUCCAAUCGAAGGCUGCCCCAGAGGCCCUGAGAGACCGUUUUCUCAGUUUUCUCUCGUAAAACAGCACUUUAUGAAAAUGCAUGCUGAGAAGAAGCACAAAUGUAAUAAAUGCAGCAAUUCGUACGGUACAGAAUGGGACCUGAAAAGACAUGCAGAGGACUGUGGCAAGACCUUCCGGUGCACAUGCGGCUGUCCCUACGCUAGUAGAACGGCAUUGCAGUCUCACAUCUACCGAACUGGCCACGAGAUCCCUGCAGAACACAGGGACCCACCUAGUAAGAAAAGGAAAAUGGAAAACUGUGCACAAAACCAGAAGUUAUCCAACAAGACCAUUGAAUCAUUGAACAACCAACCAAUCCCUAGACCAGACACUCAAGAACUAGAAGCUUCAGAAAUAAAGCUAGAACCAUCUUUUGAAGACUCUUGUGGCUCUAACACUGACAAGCAGACUCUUACAACACCACCGAGAUAUCCUCAGAAGUUGCUUUUACCAAAGCCCAAAGUGGCUUUGGUUAAACUACCCGUGAUGCAGUUUUCUCUCAUGCCUGUCUUUGUGCCUACAGCCGACUCCUCAGCCCAGCCUGUGGUGUUAGGUGUCGAUCAGGGCUCUGCCACAGGGGCUGUGCACUUACUGCCCUUGUCAGUAGGAACCCUGAUCCUCGGCCUAGAUUCAGAGGCUUGCUCUCUUAAGGAGAGCUUACCUCUUUUCAAAAUUGCUAAUCCUAUUGCUGGUGAGCCAAUAAGUACUGGUGUUCAAGUGAACUUCGGUAAAAGUCCAUCUAAUCCUUUACAAGAACUAGGGAACACGUGUCAAAAGAACAGCAUUUCUUCAAUCAACGUGCAGACAGAUCUGUCUUAUGCUUCACAAAACUUUAUACCUUCUGCACAGUGGGCCACUGCUGAUUCCUCUGUGUCGUCUUGUUCUCAAACUGAUUUGUCGUUUGAUUCUCAAGUGUCUCUUCCCAUUAGUGUUCACACUCAGACAUUUUUGCCCAGCUCUAAGGUAACUUCAUCUAUAGCUGCUCAGACUGAUGCAUUUAUGGACACCUGUUUCCAGUCAGGUGGGGUCUCCAGAGAAACUCAAACCAGUGGGAUAGAAAGUCCAACGGAUGACCAUGUACGGAUGGACCAAGCUGGAAUGUGCGGAGACAUUUUUGAGAGUGUUCAUUCAUCAUAUAAUGUUGCUACAGGUAACAUUAUAAGCAACAGUUUAGUAGCAGAGACAGUAACUCAUAGUUUGUUACCUCAGAAUGAGCAUAAGACUUUAAAUCAAGAUAUUGAGAAAUCUACACCAAUUAUAAACUUCAGUGCACAGAAUAGUAUGCUUCCUUCACAGAACAUGACAGAUAAUCAGACCCAAACCAUAGAUUUAUUAAGUGAUUUGGAAAACAUCUUGUCAAGUAAUCUGCCUGCUCAGACACUGGAUCAUCGUAGUCUUUUGUCUGACACAAAUCCCGGACCUGACACCCAGCUGCCAUCUGGCCCAGCCCAGAACCCUGGAAUCGAUUUUGAUAUCGAAGAGUUCUUUUCAGCCUCAAAUAUCCAGACCCAAACUGAAGAGAGUGAACUUAGCACCAUGAACACCGAGCCAGUCUUGGAGUCACUGGACAUAGAGACUCAAACGGACUUCUUACUCGCAGAUACCUCUGCUCAGUCCUAUGGGUGUAGGGGAAAUUCUAACUUCUUAGGCCUUGAGAUGUUUGACACACAGACACAGACAGACUUAAACUUUUUCUUAGACAGUAGCCCUCAUCUGCCUCUGGGAAGUAUUCUGAAACACUCUAGCUUUUCCAUGAGUACUGAUUCAUCUGACACAGAGACCCAAACUGAAGGAAUCUCCACUGCUAAAAAUAUAGCUGCUCUAGAAAGCAAAGUUCAGUUGAACAGUACAGAAACACAGACCAUGAGUUCUGGGUUUGAAACCCUGGGGAGCUUGUUCUUCACCAGCAACGAAACUCAGACAGCAAUGGAUGACUUUCUUCUGGCUGAUCUGGCCUGGAACACGAUGGAGUCUCAGUUCAGCUCUGUAGAAACCCAGACUUCUGCGGAACCACACACAGUCUCCAACUUCUAAAACUAACAGUGGAGUCCAUGUGUGAGACGGCAUCUACCGUUUCCUCUGGAUUAAAACUAUGGACUGGGGACAACAGUAUUAAUUCGAUUGAAUGUGGCUGAUGACACAGUUGCUUAGCUUCUUUGUGGUUCUUUGCCUUUUGUACUUGUAAACAGAAAUUUGUAUAUAAAUGUGAGUGUAUUAUAAAGUUUGAGAUGUUGAUCUAAAUUGUUUUUGUGUUGCCUACAUUUGCCUUUUCACAGCUAGUCUUUUCAUGUUAAAAAAAAAUGUAUUUCAUACCUAUAAAACCUAUAUAGCCAUUUAGCUGAAGCCCAGCUUACCAGGUUCAAGGGUACAAACUUCUCACAUCUUCAAAACAUUUUAGUCAAAGUGUAAUAUAGUUAAAUUGCACCUAAAAUAUCUUUGGCAGUGCUUGUUAGAAAUUCCUGAUUCCUGUUACUAAUCACUAACGAAACCGGAUGCUGCCACCAUAGGAUUUAAGCAGUAGUGCUUCCGUGCUCUUAGACCCCUGCUGCCUGGACCUUCGUCAGCUUUGACAACUCUUUUCUGAUUUAAAGACACCAAGGAAAACUACAACUGUCUUUAGCUUUGAAGCAGUUUUCAUGUAAUCAAUGCCACCUCUUCCCUACAUGAACUACUAUUGAUACCAGCAUACAAGUGUAUAGCACUUUACACACAAGAGGUUUAUUGAUGUAAAAUUAUCGGCUAGGGAAACAGCAGCAGGCCGGCGUGGUGGCUUACCCCUGUAAUCCCAGCACUUUGGGAGGCCAAAGCAGGAGGAUCACUAGGGCCCAGGAGUUCAACACCAGCUUGGGCAACAUAAGGAGACCGUGUCUCUGGAAAUUUUUUUUUUUUUUUAAUUAGCCAGGCAUAGUUGCAUGCGCCUGUGAUCCCAGCUACUUGGGAGGCUGAGGUGAGAGGAUCACUCGAGGUUGGGGCUGCCAUGAGCCAUGGUCAUGGCACCGUACUGCAACCUGGGUAACGGCAAGACCCUAUCUAUCUCAAAAAAAAAAAAAAAAACAAAAAAAAAAACGCCAGCAAAGCACUUAGUGUAGUGUUCCUGCUAAAUAAGGGUAGGUUAUCCAAACCAUGGGAACAGGGAGUUAUGGAAACAUGCCUAUGACUUCAUCUUGGGGUGUGUCCUAUGAAGAUCCUUUCUGCUCUCCACAGUAGGCCAGAGUUGGGGGCUCAAGCUGUUUCCCCCAGUGCACCCACAAGCUGGAUCUGAGUUUUGUCACUCUAAACAAGAAAAAAAGUGGGAAAAGGUAUCCCCCAUUAGGUUUCAAUACUUUGCACUUCUACUAAGCUUGAUAGGGCAGGAGUGCAAUCUACAAUUAUUUUAAAGUGAAUUUCCUUCCAUUCACCAUUCUUCAUCUUUGAGUAAGAAAAAAUAUCUAGCAAGGAUAUUACGUGUGCCUUGAGGCUAGCAAUUGUAGGAUAGAUUCAUCUAAAAUAUGGUGUUCUGCAUUUUGUUGUUUUUUUUAAGUGAAUAAUACCAGUCUUCAAAGAAAAGAAGGUGAAGACCUAUUGCUUCAAUAAUCAAGAAUGCUUUCUGUGUUUUGAGGUAGGAGCAUGAUCAAGUAUGCUUUGGGGAUUUUCUGUAUUUAGGAGAUCCUGGAUUCUUAAUUGUUGGCUAAGUUCCAGUCAAGUAGGAAUCAGUGCAGCCUGUAAGUUCUCCACAUUGACACACACACACACACACACACACACACAAAUGCUCCUUUCUGUGGCACAUGCCUGUGUUACUGAAAGCUAAAUCCUCAAAACCUAGUAAGGGGACUAAUGAUUCAUUAAGUAAACUGAUGGUUUUGCUACUAAUAAUUCCUAUCCCAUACGUUUGUUACAAAAGAAGUGUUGCUAAUGGAUAAAUAACAUAUCCUGGGCAGAGGAGCUCAACCUAGUAGGUAAGAGUUUGCUUUGGUCACAGUUGCCUAUGAGUGUGGAUUUCAAAACGAACAUAAAGCCUUAACUUAGAAUUUCAUUAUGUUUUAGAAUCAUCACUGCCUUAAUAUUCAAGCAUCUAUUUAAGUCCUCCUAAUAAAGGAGAAAUGCAUGUUUAUGGCUUUUUUGUAAAUAUAAAUGCAGUGAUCUAUGGCUUAAAAAAUUGUUUCUGUGACAAUGUUUGUCAAUCUAGCCAAUAGAGUUAUUUACAGAAAAAAAUGAGCAUGUAAUAAUAAAAGAACUGUUUCCCUCUCAAAACCUGAACCUGAAUUACUUGUAAAAACUGAAAUUUAAUGAUUAAAGAGAAGCCAGAAUUGUA